AUUACUGCACUGGCCAGAAUAAGUUGGUUCUCGUCUGCCUUCACUGAAAUUCAAAAUCAUAUCAAUACUAUGGCGGUGUUGAGAAUAAGAAAAAUGAGAUGCUUUGGUGUCUGGACAUUUCCCCUAAUAGUGGCCGUGGUCUGUACGCAAAGUGUCAAUGACCCUAGCAAUAUGUCAUUGGUAAAGGAAACAGUUGAUAGACUGCUGAAAGGAUAUGACAUUCGCUUGAGGCCAGAUUUCGGAGGUCCGCCAGUGGGAGUGGGGAUGAACAUAGACAUAGCAAGCAUAGACAUGGUAUCAGAAGUCAAUAUGGACUAUACAUUGACAAUGUACUUCCAGCAAGCUUGGCGAGACAAGCGAUUAUCCUACUCGGAGAUUCCCCUCAACCUGACCCUAGAUAACCGGGUGGCUGACCAGCUGUGGGUUCCCGACACCUACUUCCUGAACGACAAGAAGUCAUUUGUCCACGGAGUCACGGUCAAAAACAGAAUGAUCCGACUGCAUCCAGACGGCACCGUCCUCUACGGUCUGAGGAUUACAACGACGGCUGCCUGUAUGAUGGACCUGAGGAGGUAUCCACUGGAUGAGCAGAACUGCACACUGGAGAUAGAGAGCUACGGAUACACCACAGAUGAUAUUGAGUUCUACUGGCGUGGUGGUGACAACGCUGUGACAGGGGUGGAGAGGAUCGAACUCCCUCAGUUCUCCAUCGUGGACCACAAACUCAUCUCCAAAAACGUGGUCUUCUCAACAGGCUCCUACCCACGCCUCUCCCUCAGCUUCAAGCUGAAGAGGAACAUCGGAUACUUCAUCCUGCAGACCUACAUGCCCUCCAUCCUGAUCACCAUCCUCUCCUGGGUCUCCUUCUGGAUCAACUACGACGCCUCCGCCGCCAGAGUGGCCCUGGGUAUCACCACGGUGCUGACUAUGACCACCAUCAACACCCACUUGAGAGAGACCCUCCCCAAGAUCCCCUACGUGAAAGCCAUCGACAUGUACCUGAUGGGCUGCUUCGUGUUCGUCUUCCUGGCGCUGCUAGAGUACGCCUUGGUCAACUACAUCUUCUUCGGCAGAGGGCCCCAGCGCCAGAAGAAAGCCGCAGAGAAAGCAGCCACUGCCAACAAUGAGAAGAUGAGAAUGGACCCCAAUAAGUGGUUGGUGGGAAAUGUAGUUCAAAGAGACGAUACUCUGUAUGCCAGAAUGAAACAGAGGGAAAUUGACGCUCACGACUCGAUGUGGGAACCAAUCUUUGUGGACGAUGCAGCGAUGGGACUAGGCGAGCAAAAGAAUAAGAUGGACCCCCAUGAAAACAUCCUGCUGGGGACCAUAGAGAUCAAGAACGAGAUGGGAGCCUCGGAGCUGACCCUUGGCCUCAGUGACCCGCGGAGCACCAUGCUGUCUUACGACACCUCCACCCUUCAGUACCGCAAAGCUGGCCUGGCCAGACACAACUUUGGACGCAACGCACUGGAGCACCACGUCACUCAGAAGAAGAGCCGGCUAAGGAGGCGCGCGUCCCAGCUGAAGAUCACAAUCCCCGACUUGACUGACGUAAACUCUAUCGACAAGUGGUCGAGAGUGAUCUUCCCCACCGUUUUUUCCUUUUUCAACAUUGUCUAUUGGCUCUACUAUGUCAACUAAAAGGACUCCAGUAAAAGCAGAAUAAGAAGGUGCAACCAUUUCUGUUGCUCGUUUUAUUCUCCUGUUUGUGUUUCAUUUUGCUGUGUGAUCGUACAACACAAGACUGAAUUACUAUAACAAAACAAAAUCAGGACUGAAUCCAUUUUAACUUGGAACACCUUAAUUGCUGGCUAACACAGACAAACUUUAUUGAAGAGAGAUUAAGAACAUAAUGGUGCCUGUUCCAGAGUUAUCAUUUCUAAUUUUUUAUUUUACGAGUCAAAUAUUUAGUGAAAUAAGUACUUUUCCAUUUAUAAAUGUUUGUUUGCAUAUAUUUUUAUGUUUUUACUUUCUUAAAUCUGUAUCUGAUUUGUUGCCAAAACGUUAGAGCUAUAAUAGUUCAAAAUGAUCCCAUGACUAUAGUUGCUCCUUUGAAGUACUACAUACGUCGACGUUUAUAAUUUUUCUAAGUCAUUCCUUCAGAAAUGUAAUGAUUUUUAUCCAAUACUUUAUUUUAUCUUUAUAUUGUGAAGUUUCACAUUUUCAUAGUCUAUAUGAAGGUAUAUUAAUAUCAUAGUUUGGAGGUUUUAUGAAAAAGCAACCUUUUCUACUUUGAUAGAGUAUUGUUAAUUUCAAAGCAUUAUUUCAAUUUAAAGAAACUGUAUGAUAAGGUAGUGUAGAUUAAACAAUGAACUACAAACAUCAUUCCAAACCUUUAAAGCUAACAAACAAUGCUGGCUGAUAAAGGUUAUUCAAAGGUCUACAUUGAACAUUACAGCACGUCGAACAGAUAUGCCUUAGUCUAAUGAUUUAGCAUUUUUGUUGUAGCAGCUUAUUUGCUGAGAGAUUCAACAUUCCAACUCUGUUAAGUAGAAUAUGGUGUUCUAACCAAGGGAAAGAGGAAGGCGGACUUAAGAGGCAGAGGGAAUAUGGGAGGAAGUCGAGAGACAAAAGGACGAGUGGUUAUUCCUUCACCUUUGCCAUUAAUAUGUGGUAAGAAUACACUUUUGCUGUAGUGUGUUUUGAAUACCAAGACAUUAAGCCAGCAGUUAAGGGGUCUAUCAUGGGAAUAUCAUGACCAAACAAGUAUUUGCCUCACAAGCCAAUAUUUCCUUGCCUUUCCCCCAAUAUUAAAUGUAAAUAUGCCCUGUAUUCUUGUGUUUAAAAAGCAAUGAUGCCCACACCAGAAUUGAUCUCACUGAAUUACUUGGAACAUAUUAGCUAGACUCGGUUCUGGAUUGUUUCCUUAGCUGACACUUGUAGUCAAGGUUACAUGGUUUCACAGAUCAUAUUCACUGAUUCAGUGGAUGACUUUUGGGGACUUUUUUGUGCGUACAUUUCAAAGAGAGAACAACAGAACUAAACACAAGCACAACAUUGUUACAAACAUCCAUUUACCUGAGACGGACAUCAAAUCUCGACAAGACAUUGUGUUUUCUAUCCAUUGAUCUAUCAUCCCACCAAGGUAGACUUCCUGUCAGUUCCCUUAUUUUCAUUCUAAACAAUUGUUACAUUGUUGAGACUCAGGAGGGCCCCUCAGAUGGCAUACAAUGCCAGUACAGUAGAACAGAAUUAACAUUUAGAAACAGAAACAUUCUACAAUUCUUCACAUUUCAAAAGCCUUAGAGGUUGUACAGAUGGUGUUGCAACACUUGGUGCUUGAGAGCUGACAAAAUUCGAAAUUGACAUACAUUUAUUCAUGAAACUCUUUGUAAAUUCACUUAUUGAAACAGGGACAUGAUGUGCACAAACUGUAGAAACAAUUUGGUUGUGUUUCUCAUAUGGAUGUUAGUUGAAAGAUCCCUUACAUGAUAGGUAACAGCUAUCCAGGAAGCCAUCACCCAAUACAUCUCAUUGUUGUUUAACUGAGAGGUAGUGUCAUUGAUGAACACAUGUUAUUGCAUGUUUCAACAUCACAGAUAUUUAAAAACUAAAAUGAUUAUUGCAUUCCAUAAGCUUAUUCCUUGUAUGUAUUUUCUCAAGUAUGCAUGGGCAAUGUUUCAUGUUGCACUCAUAUUGAAUUGUAUCAUUUCAUAGCCACAAUCCAAGACAAGGAUGCCACUGAUGCUGUAAUGCUAUUGGAUGAAACACAAGAUUUUAAAUUAAGGGGUGGGAAAUUCUAAAACGGUCAAGUUCUCAUGUUAAACUAUUCAACCAAUUAGUAUUUCAGGAUAAAAGAGAGAAUCGCAUGUGUCAUCAUGUCAUUUGCAGGUUUUGUGAGCAUAUGGCCAUGAUUGAUCUCUUGUGCAUUUCUUUCAUAUGGGAGACUAAUGAUAUAAUAAAUAGAGAUAUAUUUAGCUUACAAACUCAUUUAUUUGUUGGAAACUCAUACUACGCAUCAGUGCAUUGUUUUCUAUGAACAUUUAUGCUACAUUUAUCCUACAUUUAUUCUACAUUUGUUCUACAUUUAUUCUAAAUUAAACCAUUAUUCAAUUCAAGUAUAAUGUCUUCUAGCCAUACAUUCUUACCCACUCUCUUUGAGGAUGUUUGUCACGAAUGUUGAUGCUUAAUUAGGAAUUCAUGUAAAUUAUUAUAGAUAAAUAUCUUAAUAUUGGUGUUGUAAUUUUUUAAUGGUUGGACAGGGUUCACCUUUGGGUCUGGGCUUAUAAAAGAAUGCGUCCCAAAAGAUGUUCAAACAGGUGUAUAUAAAAAAUGAUCUGUCAGUAAUAUCAAUUUGAGCUUGGUAUUCCUGUACAUAUUAGCUGGUUUCCUAUGAAAAGACAUUUCAACGUUCAGAUUUGUACUGUACUGUGAAGGGAAUGCAAAGCAAUUUAAUGGUUUAGGGUGGAUGAUGUAAAACUAAUAAUGUAAAUAUUUUGAAAAGUAUCAUUGAGUGAAACAAUGACUUGUUUUUAUUUUUCUCUAGUUACUCAAAGCACCAUUUCUGUAAAGCAUUAUCAAAGGCAAGAAUGUAGUUGAUAAUAUUUUGCAGCAUAUAUGUGAUAUGUCGGCAAGAUUUUAAGCAUUUUUUGUUAUGAUCCAAUGAUCCGAUAAAUAUAAUACAGGACAUACACUACAUUGUUUUGCACACACACACACACACACACACAUAAACACACUUGCACACACAUACAGUACACACACACAGAAAAAUGAGACAAGGGGAUGUGUCUCUGACAACUUGUCACCCAUCUCAGGUCCGCACACUUAGCACUAACAAAUCCAGAAGUGUUCUCGACCAGUCUUGAUCUGCCCAACAAUGCUACAGUACUAACCGUCUUGGUUUAUGACCGUAUUUGCAGUGUGUUCUAAAUGUAUGAUGCGUUUGCGUGUGAGAGUGAACCGUAUGUAUGUCAGCCUCUGAGACGUUUAGAAGACACGUCAAACACUGGCAAAAGGUCUGCUUCAUCAAGGCUCUUCACUUGGACUAUGUGUUUGUACUUCACAGCGCUUUUUUCCUGUCAUAUAUUUUUAUAUUUGUAUACUCCUGUACAAAGAACAGAGUCCUCUUGGCAAAACGACGGGGGGCGGAGUGACGUCCGAGCCCAAAUGACACAUCUUGGUGACAGUGUAUGUUUGCACACACUCACAGAA